UCUAGUUGCAAUCUUUUCCUUAUAACAAGGGCCGGUUACAAGAUCACGGUGAUCGACAAAUCGGAGAAGGACUGGUGGAAAGGCAAGUGUCUCGGUGGCCGUGCCGGUUAUUUCCCAAGUGCAUACGUUAUGCGGGUCGAAUCCGGUCAGAGGACUCUUCAGGUAACGCGCAACUUGCAGCUGGCUGAUCAAACCCUCCUACGAGAUCAGAUCGUGAUCCAAGUGGGCGAAGAGGUGGACGGGGUGGCGAUGGUGAGAUGCGCCGCGGAUGUGCGUUCCGCUGAUCACACGGGCAAGGAGGGAGACGUUAUCUACAAGGAGAUCCUCUGUCCCCUCAAGUACCUGCAGGAGGUGUGACAGCAGCCUUAUCGUCACCAGAUCG